AUGUGCGGUUGUGGUACAGAGAUGAAUAUUACGGCAAUGUGGCUGGGACCUGGGAAGCACCUGAAGGGGCGCACGUGGAUGGGCGGUGUUAUCAUGCCCGAAGAAUUCGACUAUUUUCAUGAGCUGAUUGUUUACUUCGAGCUCGCGCGGUGCAGCAUGCGUGCGUAUAUGGACGAGCUCAUGGCAGGGAUGAUCUUUGGGCUGCCGCCAGUGCUCAACUUUGGCUUGCUGGCGGUGCAGGCGGCAGUGGUGCCAGACGUGCUUGCGGGCCACAAGUUCAUCUGCCUGGCAAUCAGCUAG